AUGGCCUCAACCCCAGCCUCCGCCCCGUCCGGCGCAAAGGAUGCCGUCCUCGUCAAGUCCGAGGAGAUGCCCGAGGGCUCCCAGAAGGUCGAGGAGCUCGACUUCAACAAGUUCAAGGGCCGCCCCAUCACCGCAGACGACCUGCUCCAGGGCAUGAGGAACAUGGGCUUCCAGGCGUCCUCCAUGUGCGACGCCGUGCGCAUCAUCAACGACAUGCGCGCCUGGCGCGACCCGGAGACGGGCGACCGCACCACCAUCUUCCUCGGCUACACCUCCAACCUCAUCUCGUCGGGCCUGCGCGGCGUCCUGCGCUACCUGGUCGAGCACAACCACGUCUCCGCCAUCGUCACCACUGCUGGCGGCAUCGAGGAGGACUUUAUCAAGUGCCUCGGCGACACCUACAUGUCCCCCGGCGGCUUCAGCGCCCCGGGGAGGGACCUGCGCGCCAGGGGCCUCAACCGCAUCGGCAACCUGGUCGUGCCCAACUCCAACUACUGCGCCUUCGAGGACUGGGUCGUGCCCAUCCUGGACAGGAUGCUCGAGGAGCAGGAGGCCAGCAAGGUGGCCGGGAAGCACGUCGACGGCACCACCAGCGAAGAGGUCGACGGCGAGCUGGUCUGGACGCCCUCCAAGGUCAUCCACCGCCUCGGCAAGGAGAUCAACAACGAGUCCUCCGUCUACUACUGGGCCUGGAAGAACAACAUCCCCGUCUUCUGCCCCGCCCUCACCGACGGCAGCCUCGGCGACAUGCUGUACUUCCACACCUUCAAGUCCUCGCCCAAGCAGCUGAGGGUCGACAUCGUCGAGGACAUCCGCCGCAUAAACACAAUCUCGGUGCGCGCAAAGCGAGCCGGCAUGAUCAUCCUCGGCGGGGGCCUCGUGAAGCACCACAUCGCCAACGCCUGCCUGAUGAGGAACGGCGCCGAGUCGGCCGUGUACAUCAACACCGCGCAGGAGUUCGACGGCAGCGACGCCGGGGCAAGGCCGGAUGAGGCCGUGAGCUGGGGCAAGAUCAAGGCUGGGGCCGACAAUGUCAAGGUGUACAUGGAAGCAACAGCGUGUUUCCCUUUCAUAGUAGCCAACACAUUCGCCAAGGAGGAAGAGAACGCCGCCUAA